AUGGCUGACCAGCGACUGACGCACGGCGUGUCCGUGGCAGCUGUGCGGCGGUUCCUGGAUGAUUUGAAGCGCGAGUUCCCCGACACGUACACUGAGAUGACGACGGAGGAUGCUUGCAAGCAACUGGUUGUGCCACGCACGCGCCAGGACAACUGCGCCUACGUCGAGCAGCUGCGCAAGCAGUCGCCAGAGCACGUGAACAAGGCCACCGUGUUUGUGUCGCACGCAUGGCGGUACAAGAUCGCAGACGUGCUCAACGUCUUGCUGGAGUUUGCGGAUGAGCAAGCAAGGAAGGAUGACGGCCAGCCGGUGUUCUUCUGGUUUGACCUCUUUAUGAACAACCAAAACGCCAACGUCACCGCCAACCUCCCACCAGAGUGGUGGAGCACGACGUUCAAGCAGUCGAUUGCCAACAUUGGCCAUGUGCUGCUGGUGCUCAUGCCGUGGCGAGACCCUGUUCCCUUGACACGCGCGUGGUGUUUGUGGGAGAUCUUCUGUGGCAUCAGCAACGAAGGCACAGAGGUCACCAUCCAACUGCCCAACAGCGAAGAACAGGCACUCCAACACGCAAUUCGCGACAGCUAUAAAGCCGUCACAGACACGCUGGUGCGCGUGCAGGCAGAGCGGGCCGACGCCUUCAACCCCCACGACAAACACAUGAUCUUCACGGCGAUCGAGUCGUGGGCGGGUGGCUUCAGCGCAGUCAACCAGGCCGUGAAGGACCAGCUGCGCGCGUGGUGCCUGCAAAAGGCGGUGGGUGCCGUCGAAGCAAUGCGAGCACGUGGCGAAGACAGCACUGACGCCUUCGCGGGGCUGUGUGGUGCGGUUGGGUCGGUGCUGUUGCAGUUUGGCGAGCACGACCGCGCCAUUGCCUACUACGAGACAACGCUGACAAUUCGGCUGCGCACUGAGGGGGAGAACGGGAAGAACGUCGCGGCGCUGUACAACAACAUCGGCAACGCCUACGACAGCAAGGGCGAGUACGACAGGGCCAUCCACUACUACGAGAAGGCCCUCGCCGUCUUCGUGGAGACGCUGGGCGAGAAGCACCUGAGCACAGCGAGCACGUACAGCAACCUUGGCAUCGCCUACAGGAACAAGGGCGACUACGACAACGCAGUUGCGUUUUAUGAGAAGGCGCUCGCCGUCUUCGUGGAGACGCUGGGCGAGAAGCACCCGAGCACAGCGAGCACGUAUGGCAACCUCGGCAACGCCUACUACAGCAAGAGCGAGUACGACAAGGCGAUUGCGUUUUAUGAGAAGGCCCUCGCCAUCACGGUGGAGACGCUGGGGGAGAAGCACCCGAGCACAGCCGACACCUACAACAACCUCGGCACUGUCUACGCCAGCAAGGGCGAGUACGACAAGGCGAUUGCGUUUUAUGAGAAGGCCCUCGCCAUCACGGUGGAGACGCUGGGGGAGAAGCACCCCAGCACAGCUGCGUCCUAUGGCAGCUUGGGCAUCGCCUACAAUAGCAAGGGCGACUACGACAAAGCGAUCCAGCUGUACGAGAAGGCGCUCGCCGUCUUCGUGGAGGCGCUGGGCGAGAAGCACCCGAGCACAGCGAUGACGCUUGAGAACAUCGGCCUGCUGCACGACAAGCGCGGGGACAAGGAGCAGGCCUGCGCCUAUGUCCAGCAGGCGCUCAACGUGUUUACAGCCACGCUCGGGCCAGACCACCCAAACACCCGCAAGGCGGAGCGCAACCUGCGGCGCAUUCGCGGUGGUACUGUGAACGCCCAGCAUGCAUCCACGCAACACGUGUCAGGGUCUCGACUUCAGCAGCAAAACUUGCUUGCUCAUCGCCACCUUCUGCUUCGGUUCAUCUCUUCUGCUGUUGUAUACCAGUCGUUUGCUCCACAACGCAACCUGCUCAUGCGAUUUCUCGGUGCAGUUGCACAUGCUGAUGUUGACGCAAGACGCCCAGCACACACAGGCAGCGACGAUGAAGACAAGAAGACAGGGACUGGGCACGGCUGUCCUCGUGGCUGCUCUGUACCAGCAAGAGCGUUGUACAAGGACGCUUGCAAGUGCCCUAGCGAGCCUGUUGCUGGCUGGUUGCGGAAGCGUAGGCGACGGAGGGCCGCCUUUCGCCCGUGCUGGUGCAAGCUUGACGACGACGGCCACCUCGCGUACGGCAAGUCCCCUUCAGGCACGGCCAAGCGACGCAUCCCCCUGUCCAGCGUGCUGUCAGCUGAGCUCGCCCAUGGUGGCGAAGAGUUACACGUUGCUGGUCCCGGCCGCACCUUCGUCUUCCGCCUGCACGCGCACUCUGACACCUCGCUCGCCGACUGGUGCACCGCCAUCAACAGCCGCAUCAACGCCACCACUUGA